UCAAUUCCACCCCCCGUGCAAAACAUCACGACCUCAGAGAGACAACGACAACAAUGUCUUCUCUCGCGACCUUCAAGAACCCCGCCACAUACCACAUCCUCAGCUACGGCACCCUAAUCGGCAGCACGCUCUUCCAGUCCUUCAUCGCCGGCAUCAUCGCCUUCCGCUCCCUGCCUCGACCCCAAUUCAGCACGCUGCAAAAGAACACCUUCCCCGCGUACUUCGCCCUCCAGACCGCAUGUCCACUCCUCCUCGCCCUGACCUACCCUCGCCCCGGCGGCGCAUCCUCCCUCCUCAGCUCAUCGCCAGAAAAUAAACUGCCAUUCUACCUCAUAGCCACGAUGUUGCUCACCGGCGCCGCGAACCUGCUGUACGUGGGCCCCAAGACAACGCAGAUCAUGAAGCUGCGCAAGCACCAGGAGACGCGGGACGGCAAGAAGAGCUACGACGCGGGUCCGCACAGCGAGGGGAUGAAGGAGCUGAAUCGCAGGUUUGGAGUGCUGCAUGGUGUGAGUAGUUUGGUUAAUCUCGUGGGGCUGGGGGCGAUGGUGUGGUAUGGGGGACUGUUGGGGGAGUGGUUGGGGCUGUGAAUUUGCUGG